AGUUUCUGUAUGGGUGUGGUGAUUAGAUUGCUGGGCAAAGAUUGAGUCAAAUCUUGUAUCAGUUAAUGUUGAGUAGUCCCAAACGUCUACAAAAUUUGACAAAAUUAACUGAAAUAUUUCAACAUUUCAGUUACUGCAGGGGCCAUGUGUGGAAUCUGAAGGUGGAAUUUUAAAGAACUGAUCGGAAGGCCGUGGACUGCUCAAAAGCCGAGUUCAGGUGUCAGCUGGUUCUGUGGAGCGGAUCGUGGACUGAACACAUCAGUGGGGGACAAUGAGCGAACUGGAACAGCUACGGCAGGAAGCGGAGCAACUGCGGAAUCAAAUCCGAGAUGCCAGGAAAGCCUGUAGCGAUUCCACUCUUUCCCAGAUCACAGCUGGUCUGGAUUCAGUGGGAAGGAUUCAGAUGAGGACGAGACGUACCCUCAGAGGCCAUCUAGCCAAGAUCUACGCCAUGCACUGGGGCACUGACUCCAGGUUGCUCGUCAGUGCCUCUCAGGAUGGCAAAUUAAUCAUUUGGGACAGCUACACGACAAACAAGAUGCACGCCAUUCCCCUGAGGUCCUCCUGGGUCAUGACCUGUGCCUACGCCCCCUCUGGCAACUAUGUGGCCUGUGGUGGCCUGGACAACAUCUGCUCCAUAUACAGCCUGAAGACUCGAGAAGGAAACGUGCGAGUCACUAGAGAAUUGCCAGGGCACACAGGCUAUUUGUCCUGCUGUCGUUUUCUGGAUGACAGCCAGAUUGUCACUAGUUCUGGGGACACCACCUGUGCAUUAUGGGACAUCGAGACAGGACAGCAGGCGACCACGUUCACAGGCCACACUGGUGACGUCAUGAGCCUCUCACUCAGCCCUGACUUCAAGACUUUUGUGUCGGGUGCCUGCGAUGCUUCAUCCAAGCUGUGGGAUGUCAGGGACGGUAUGUGCAGGCAGUCCUUCACCGGCCACGUGUCUGACAUCAACGCGGUCUGCUUCUUUCCCAAUGGAAACGCCUUCACCACCGGCUCAGACGAUGCCACCUGCCGGUUGUUUGACCUGCGGGCGGACCAAGAGCUCAUGAUGUACUCCCACGACAACAUCAUCUGCGGGAUCACCUCCGUAGCAUUCUCCAAAAGCGGUCGCCUCUUGUUAGCUGGCUAUGACGACUUCAACUGCAACGUUUGGGACACUCUGAAAGGAGAGCGCGCAGGUGUCCUAGCUGGUCAUGAUAACCGGGUCAGCUGUUUAGGAGUAACGGAUGAUGGCAUGGCUGUUGCCACGGGAUCUUGGGACAGUUUCCUCAGAAUCUGGAAUUAAUGUGCCGGGUGGGACCAAAGGUGAACCGUGCAUCCCCCGCCCAGUGCGGGGAGUCACUGCUGCAGCCCACAGCUGUGAGAAAGUAACAUUCUUUCUACUUUUACAAGUGUUUUUUUCUAUUGACUUACUACACAAAGCUUUCAGUACAUAGUCCAAUCAAACGAAGAGAUGAGACUAACCCCUGGUGACCCUUUGACUUUUGACAGGGAUUAGCAUGUUACCAUGGUUACCAAGAAGCUAGGAGCCAGUCAUUGUGUAAUAUGUGUAUAUAUAUGAAUAUAUGCAUCAUAUAUAUGCAUAUAUAAUGUAUAUGUAUGUAUUUUUUGUUAAGUUUAUUGGCCACCCUUCUAUUGUUUUUUGCCUUAUUUACAAUUUUGAUGUACACAACAUACACACAGUACUAGUCAAUGCCAGUAGCAUCACUUUUACCUAUUCACAUGAAUAUGUUGAUCUGUGAGUAUGCAUGUGUAGGUUUCAUUAUACACAAGCAUUCAAGCACGCACAGAAACUCCUUCAGUAGAAUUAAUAUUUUAAAUUUUGUAGGCAUGUCCCCACUGACAGACUUCACUUUACCUGGAACAUCAGUCAGUGGGUGUUCCUCACAUUUAUAGGGAGACAUCCCCUACAUAAAUUCCGGUAGAAGUUGCUUGGAAGCGAUGCUGGUGGUCUGCGGUGUUGCGGACUUCAUUACUGAACGCCAGUCCGCAAACAAAUACCACUGCAUUCAGAGACACAGUGGCCUGUUGCCUUGAACAGCUCACUGGUAGAAUUACCUUAGUCUUUUAUCUACUGGUUUGCUCCAAGGCAAGUAUUCCAUCAUGCGGAAUUACUUCAAAAGAACCGCAGUGUGGCGUACAACACCUGUGUGGACAUGGCACACAGAUGAAGCUUUGGUAUCUGUGUCCACCCUCCCCCCCUCAGUGGAGCAGUCAGAGGCCUGGUGCCUUGCCGUCCCACCAGUCCACUGGGCGCAGCCCAGGGCAGGUGCUGACCCCUGACCCACCUGAUCAGCCUUUCACACCAGAGACGGCCUAAGAGCUUUUGGACUGCUCGAGUUCCAGAUUAAGGCCAAGUGGCAGCAGUCAGCAAAUUAGAAUGAUGUUGGACGACUAGAAGAAGCAGCUUGUGGCAGCUGUUGACGUUGGUGUGAUUGAUACUUUUGUUUGUUGGGGUUUUGUCUUAAUCAACCUUAGUAAGAAGACCACGUAUAGCCUGGUUCCAAGUGUAGUUUAUUCAAUAGCGUGGAGUGCCAACGCUGGGUCGUAGACUGUAAAUGCACCUCUGUAGUCACAUACUGGUUUCCCAGCACAUACAUGUUGCUAGCAAACAUGUCAAAGAACACUUUAUACAGAGAACUAUACAGUGCAUCCUUAGUCCUACUGUAACCAAGGAAACACAUGCAACUUUUUGCCAUUCCAUGAAGUGUUGCACCAUGUAAUCCUGUUAGUUAGUUUGUUGUUGUACAUCGGAAAAAAUCUUAGUGCCACCUCUCCAUAAGAGUACCAUGGUAGGAGGGUGCCUUUUGUUACUGUUCGUUAAUGAACAGUCACAGCAGCACUGAUCAUUUUAAGUGGAGGCACAGUAGUCAGAUCUAGAUAGAAUUGCACAAGUGCUGAUAACUGACUGAGCACACAGUUUUUAGCCUUACAUCUUAAAUAGGAACAUAUACACAUUUUAUGUAUGCAUAUACAUGUAUGUAUAAUGUGUAUAUAUACAUGUGUUGUAAUAUGCACGCACAUGUAUGUGUUAUGUGCAAAUCCCUGUGCAGGCUCACAUUUAAAUGCACUUGCCUUUUUAAGUGGUUUGUAUUUGACUGGACUGUGGCCAAAUUGCUCUGAACCCCACUUUGCCUUAGUGUUGAAACUACACACCACCCUCACUCAGCACCACUCUUCGCUAGAGCUUGCCUUUAUUUUUUUCUUCUCCCACCUGCAGAGUGUGGUGUCCUGUCCUAAGUCGACUGCGCGGUGUCGACACUGCCUCGUGCUGGAUCGCUUUGCCAGCAGCCCAUUUGAUAUGAAAUAAGUCGCAUUUCACAGAGCAUUAAACACUUAAGUGGAGCGCCAAAAAAAAGUGAGGAGUCCUCCUCCAUUCUUACAAAAGCCGAAUGUCUGCUUGGGGGUGAAAAUAGUGUGUCAUCAGCAGUCAGACCCUCUUGCUAAUGCCCUGAAAGUAGGUUGCCUUACUAAUGUGCCAGUUGAAAUGUCAACAUGGGAAAGUAUUCAAAUGGGACAUUCACAUAGAGGUGUACAGACUAAAUUCCAUUCUGUAAGAAACACUAAAUGAAGCUAUGGGGUAUGAUGCAACAACUAUGUCGUGGUAGAUAAAAUUGCUACUGAAUUGCAAAAUACAGCUCAUUAGAUCCCAGUCAGUCCUGUAAAUUAUUGUAUCAAGUCAAAUACAUUGGUUGCUUUCUACAGUUAGUACAAUUUUUUUAUUGUAUUUAUUGAUUACAACAACAUCCUUACAAUCAUUUA